CACAUUCAAAUUUGCCCAGUGGGUUCCAUAGGAUGGCAGUGACUUUACUAGGGUACAUGCCAUUUAUGACGUACAUACAGUACACUGUCAAUGCCAUUGGGGGUCAUAUUAUGGCGCCAGGGGCGCAACGGUGUCUCUAGGGGUGGUCAGAAGAAGUGCCACGAUUUCUUGGGAACACUGACCAACGUAGAAAAAAGCACCGAGUUCAAGAAUCUCACCACCUCCAUCAACCAACUCAUCUACACCACUAGGCUCCCGUGGAUCUUUGUUCUCACGGUAGCCUGGCUAGUGGCGGUACUCUACCUUGCCUUUGGUGCCAUAUGGCCACUGGACUGGACACAUAUGAGGUCGCAUUGGUUACGGGGUGGAGAACACCGGUGGCAAUGUAUGUGGUAUAAGGUAAUGACUGGACGCAAAGGAAUGGAACUGAUGGAGUAUUUCGGUGGGAAGUCAUUAACAGGAGGUACCAUACAAUAUAAUAUAGACUUUGGAGAGUGAUAUCUUGUGUCGACCUUGAAAUAUAUAUUAGAGUGCCAUGAAUAGUAUCAGUGGUCCCUGGAAAUAUAUCAUAGAAUCAC